CUCUCUAUAAAUGGACUUCACAUAUUGUUCCUACAUCCAAAAUGUAAAAUCAAGGAUAAACAUUUGAGAAAACUAAAAAGUGAGAAGAGAAAAGGAAGAACAAGAAACAAUCAGCAGCAAUGGUUCUUGAUUUACAAUGGUUACUCUACUUCACCAUACUUCCAGUACUCAUAUUCUCAAUGACUAUUUUGCUUACUGCACGUAAAAAGCUUCCAUACCCACCUGGUCCGAAAGGGUUACCACUUUUAGGAAACAUGUUCAUGAUGGAUCAACUUACUCAUCGCGGACUUGCUAAAUUAAGUAAACAACAUGGCAAAAAUGGUCUCAUGUAUCUCAGGAUCGGGUUUCUUCAUAUGGUUUCUAUCUCAACACCUGAAAUGGCUCGUCAAGUUCUUCAAGUCCAAGACAGUAUUUUUUCAAACCGUCCAGCAAAUAUCGCGAUUAAAUACUUAACUUAUGAUCGUGCUGAUAUGGCUUUCGCUCAUUAUGGCCCGUUUUGGCGUCAAAUGAGAAAGAUUUGUGUAGUUAAUCUGUUCAGCAGAAAACGUGCCGAGUCUUGGGUAUCGGUACGUGAUGAAGUUGAGUCGAUGGUUCGAUUUAUUGAUUCUAAAGUUGGAUCACCGGUUAACAUAGGGGAAUUAGUGUUUAACCUUAUGAAGAAUAUAAUUUUUAGAGCUGCUUUUGGAACAGCUUCAAAUGAGGGUCAGGAUGAGUUUGUUUCUAUAAUGCAAGAGUUUUCUAAACUAUUUGGUGCUUUCAAUCUUGCUGAUUUUUUCCCUGGACUUGGAUGGAUCGAUCCACAGGGAUUAAAUAAACGACUCGUUAAAGCUCGGCUGUCUUUGGAUCGGUUUAUUGACAGUAUUAUUGAUGAUCAUGAAAAUAAAAUGAUGCAAAAGCGGAAUGGAAACGGUGAUGGAACUUUAGGAGUAGAGGCUGAUAUGGUUGAUGAACUUCUUGCUGCAAAUAAGAACGAAACUUCAAUUAAUCUUACUAGAGAUAAUAUCAAAGCUAUCAUUAUGGAUGUCAUGUUUGGUGGUACAGAAACAGUUGCAUCUGCAAUCGAAUGGACCAUGGCUGAGCUAAUGAAAAGCCCGCAAGAUCUAUCGAAAGUACAACAGGAACUAGACGAAGUUGUUGGUGUUGACAAAAGACUCCAAGAGAGAGAUCUUGAAAACUUGACAUAUUUAAAAUUUGUUGUUAGAGAGACACUACGAUUACACCCACCAAUACCAUUACUCCUUCACGAAACAUCUGAAGAUACAGAGGUUGAUGGGUAUAGGAUUCCAAGAGGUUCUCGAGUUAUGAUAAAUGUAUGGGCAGUCGGAAGAGACCAGAAUUCAUGGGAAGAUGCAGAAACAUAUAAGCCAUCUAGAUUUUGUAAAGAAGGCGCAGCUGAUUUUAAGGGUAAUAAUUUUGAGUUUCUCUCAUUUGGGUCCGGUCGACGAUCUUGUCCAGGUAUGCAACUCGGGCUUUAUGCACUGGAAUCUUCUGUAGCUCAUCUGAUUCAUUGUUUUUCAUGGGAGUUACCUAAUGGAAUGAAACCUAGUGAAAUGGAUAUGAUGGAUGUGUUUGGGCUCACUGCACCUAGAGUUGUCCGUCUUGUGGCAGUUCCAAGCCGUCGUCUUAGUUGUCCGUUACUUUAAAUACACGAAAUCAGACUGUAUUCUUGUUCAUAAGUUGUCAUUUUUAAAAAUGAAACAAUAAGGGCCGGAUGAUAUGAAGUUUGGUAAUAAUGUGUGUUUUGUAUUGGAUUAUACUUUAGUGUUUCUAAGUGUUGUCAAUGCUUCACUUUUCUAAAGAGAAAGAGACUUGUGAACUUAAAAAGUAUGUUCCCUUCCCAUUGUAAACAUGUUCUGGUAUCUUAAUGCGAAAUGCUGAUGGAAUACAUAUGUAGAGAAAA